AGUCGUGACUAUAACACACCUUUGCCGCUUUGCGUAUAAAUAAGUCGAAGAAACUGUGAGCCCAAGGACACUGGGCGUUUUGAACCCAAGACACAGCCAUGGAAGCACAGCAGAAGAAGCAGCUGGUGACGGUGGGUCUUCUUAUCUUUACAGUCUUUAUUUCUGGUGUCGGAGCUUGGACUGGUGAAAUCCAUGGCAGAGUUGUUUGUGAUGUCUGUGGUGACUCCGCCGUUGGACCUGAAGAUCAUGUUCUAGAAGGUGCUGAGGUAGCUGUUCUAUGCAUUACAAAAUCAGGGGAAGUUCUAAAUUACCAGGCAUUCACGAAUGAUAAGGGGAUAUAUACAGUGGCAGAGACAAUGCCUGAGAGCGACCGGUGGGAUGCAUGCCUGGCCCGGCCCAUCAGCAGCUUCCAUGAGCAUUGCACUCAUGUUGGGGAUGGUAGCUCAGGAGUAAAGUUCAGUUAUAAUCACCCAUCAGACUAUUCGCACACCGUCAGAACUUUCGUCUAUCGACAAGCAAGUGUACCAGCAUACUGCAUUUGAGAAUUCUGAGUUCAAUGUACAUCUAUAUUGUUUAGUUGCAAUAUGAGCUUGCUUUUACUGAAAUGCAGUCAUCACACAAUGAGCGUGAUUAAAGGGCAUGUGUGAGGUUAAUGCUGUAAUGUAGUUUAUGAUGAACAUAGUUCAUGUUAGCUUAAACCCAAUCCUUGAUUGGAAUAAUAUACAUAACCUUAGAGGAAGUAA